UGAGGACAACCCAUUUAAAAGAUGACUGUGAUGAAAAACAAUAAUUAGUUCCUCAGUUAUUAUUUGAAGAGCUUUUACAGAGUGAAUGUUUGAUGGAACUAUAAAAGAUCUUGAAGGCGAAUUUUAACGGAGCAUUAUUAGGGCAGACGGUCAGUGAUCUUCUGUGUGCGGAUGCACUGCGCGCUUCGCUUUCUGAUGAGGCAUCCUCGGCUCUUCAACACACAGAUCCUGUAAAGAUGGAGUUUAGCGAGAGGAAAAGAAGAAGGAAAUCUCAGAGCUUCAAACUGGUCCAUGAGCAGGAGCAAGAUUUUGACGCAAGGAGUUUUGACAAUGCCGUCAAUAUACAUGUCAAUGGAGCAUCAAAAGAGACUGCCAUGCCAGAAGCCUGGUUGGGUGAUGAGGGUGUGGAGAUUAAAAGACAGAUCACAGGCAUGAUGCGUUUGCUGAGUGACAAGGCCGGCCGGAUGUACCAGCGUGUGGGAGCAGAGGGAAACAGCCUCAAACAGGAGCCCCAGGAGGAGCACCUGAGCUGGGCGCAGCCGGCUGCUUUGCCCCCAGACCUGGAGGACCCCCAGAUCAGUGUCUGGAGCUCAGCAGGGGAAACAGAGCCCAGUCCCAUGUCUAUACCCAAUCCAGUCCCCAACGGCCAGGGGUCUGGCCAAUACGGCACACGCUCCAAGACCCAGAGGAUGCUCAACACAACCACCAAAGGCACAGUCAAAACUAAUGAUGUGGCUCCUGCAGUGGUAGAGGCUCCCUGCUGUAUGUGUAACUGUAAGAGCACCUUACAGGCCAUUCUACAGGAGCUACGCACCAUGAGGAGGCUAAUGCAGACACAGAAAGGUUCCCAGGAGAAGCAGGAGCACAGGGCCCCUCCCUGCCCCCCUUGCCCUGUCCCUACAGCUCCACGUCGCAGACCCCGCAAGAGACGUCCUGUCCACAAGGUUGCUCCACUGAGUGCACCCAGCAAGAGGGCAGCUGUUCCCCCUCUCCCCCCCUCGUCCCCUGCCUGUGUACCCCUGGAGUCCGGGGGAAGGAGGGAGAGGGGGAGCAGAGAGCUGGAGAGACCUGUGCACACCCCUGCCUCACCCUCUACCUCCACCUCACCCGAGCUCUCCAUUCAAACCCUGUCCAUGCAGAACAAGCCCAUCCCUGGUGACGACACACACAAUCCUAGCUAUAGACAACCCAAAGGUCUUCAAUCCUCAGAGAGUGAGGUGCGUCUAGCGGAGGACUAUGAGGUGUUUAUUCCCAAGGCCCAGCUGGACUCAAUCCUGGUCAACUACACACGCUCUGGAAGCCUGCUCUUCAGGAAGUUGGUGUGCGCCUUCUUUGACGACACCACGCUAGCUAACUCACUGCCCAACGGCAAGAGGAAGAGAGGUCUGAACGACCAAAGGAAAGGACUGGACCAGAACAUUGUGGGAGCCAUUAAAGUGUUUACAGAGAAGUACUGCACAGCUCACAGAAUAGAGAAGCUGCCAGGCCCUCGAGAUUGGGUCCAGAUACUACAGGACCAGAUCAAACUUGCCCGCAGACGACUAAAGAGAGCAGAGGCUACAGACCCUCAGGACAUCUUCAACAGACCGUGCUCAGAAUCUCUUCAGCUGUCUGGAGAGAGGGAGGAGAGGGAGUUUCUAACAACAGGCUGUGACUACAACAAGCCAGCAUGUUUGGUUAAGGUGGGGAAGAAUGUGACUGAUUGAUUCCGGUGCUGUGAAUCAACAACUUGCAAUGAAGAUACAACGCACUGUACUUUAUGUCUUUGUUGCUCCACUAACUUGAUGCGUUGUGCCACUUUAGAAAGUCCAUUUUGGAAGAUGUAUUGUUCUUUUACAGCUAUGUCAAAAUUGUAUUGUGGUUGUAGAGAAAAAACGGAACAGUGACCAAAAUAAGUUGGUUAGUGAAAUGUAGUUAGUUUCCAUGGACUGCUUUGUUUUACAUAUGCACACCACAUGCACACACACAGACACACACAGAAAUACACACACACACACACCAGUCUGACCAGUAUAGUCUAGCUGGUUCUGCUGGCUGACCAGCAAAGUCUAGCUAGUUAUGCUGGAAGACCAGCAUGGUCUAGCUGGUCUGACCAGCAUGGGCUAGCUGGUUAUGCUGGCAGACCAGCCUUCGUUGUGUUUUCACUGGUGACCUACCUGCAUUGUGUUUUUGCUGGUGACCAGCCUUCGCUGUGUUUUCGAUGGCAGACCAGCAUCUGUUGUGUUUAUGCUGGUAACCAGCCUUCGUUGUGUUUUCACUGGUGACAAGCCUUCGUUGUGUUUUUCGCUGGUGACCAGCCUUUGCUAGGUUUUGGACACUGGUGAUCAUUGAAAAAUAUGCUAGCAGAUACCCAGAGACAUAAAAAUGGUAUCCACAAUUUCAUCUGACUCUGAGGAAGUAGAUAAAGGGGCUCAUUGCCAAAAUUUUCACGUAUCCCUUUUCACGUAUCUUGUUCGAAACAAGAUUCAUGUUAGAAAUGAAAGGAUUGUCUAGAGUCGAGGUCAUGUGGGAAACACUCCCAGCAUCAAGCAAAUGUGCCUCCCCACCAUAGACCAGGGUUCAAAUCCGACUCCACCCUUAAUGCUAUGUGUCUGUCUAAGUAAUGCAAAAAAUACUAAAUGUAGAGUGGAAUUCCACUCUCCAUAAAAUUAAUGAGUUUUUGUUUUAGUGCAGGACUUAAAUUAACACUUAGUGUAAAAUAACCCCUUGGUGUUAAUAACCAGAGUUGAGCGUGAUUGUAUCAUUUCUAGUCUGUAGUAAAACAUUGACACUCAAAACCACACCUAUAAUAUUUCCCAGCAUGCUUUAUUGCAGGUAUAUUUUUUAGAAUUUAUUCUGGCCUUGGCAUGUGCGCUCUAGCCAAACGCUUGCAGAUACAGUGCGGGUAGGCUGUGAGGUGGUCUACAUGAUGAGAUUAUUAUGAAUAAGAGCGAGAAUAUAUUUUUGGGUCAAAUGGCAGUCAAGCAUCAAUCAUCAUGUCACCUGAAUAAUACCCUCAAUAUUUAUUGUAAAGGUGCAUCAAUAUCACUGUUCACCACCCUGUGAAGUUCAUCAUAACCUUUUUGAUCUGUAGUCUAAUAAACUGCAUGGUUUCCCGAGUCAUAUUGGGAGGACUACACACCAUAUCAUCUCAUGACUCCAAGUUUACUUUGAAAUGAUGGUUAUCAUAUCAAUAUUUGCGCAUAAAGGCGAUUCCAACACAACUUCUUUCAUAGUUAAUUUUACCAACACAAAAAGAUUCCACCAUGUCGAACGAACAAAUGAUCUGUCAGCAUUUAUAAAGUUGUACUGAAUCUACCUGUUUUCAUCACAGCUGACGUAUAUAUAUAUUUUUAAUAUGGUAUGACUUUACCCACAUUAAAACUGGAUGGAAAUAUGGUAACUGACAGUCACUCAAUUAGCCCAUGUCAACCAACAUUUUUUAGACUGCUAAAUUAGUCUAGCCAGCUAUCUAAACUUAGUAAUCAUGGUUGAAUUACAUGAUUUUGUUUAUCACUCUCCCUCAGAUAUCAUAUUAAAAACUGCAAACAUUUUUCUCCACCCUAUGGAAAAAUGUGAAGAUUUGCAGGAAAUGAGCUGUUAAAUUGUAAAAUAUUUUAUAUGCCCAAUGGAAAAAAUAUGUAGAGUGGCAAAAAAUUAUUUCAGGAAAUGAACAGUUUUUUUUCUCCUGUCCAGUGGGGACACUAAAAUGUUAGGGCCGGCUUUGACUGCAUAUGUGGGUAUGGAUGUGGUUACGCAGACCCGCAAGCCACUGUGGGCCCCUCAUGAUGAGUUCAGAUUUUUUUGUGGCCCCAAUGCCGACCCAAAGUUGCCCAUCCCUGGUUUAGGUAGUUUUCUUUGUCCAAUUCUCCCUACCUUGGCAGUCAUUCUAAAUGCAGGUUGAAAAUUUAAAUAGCUGGGUAUUACAUAUCACUUUGCAAGCCAGCAUAAUGUGACAUGCCUGUUGUGCCUGUUGUGGCCUGCAAACCAGGAGUUUCAGACCACUGUGUAAGGGUAAAACUAGGCUGUUGAGGUAUAGCCUUAUGAUACCAUAUGUAAUGUAUUGUCAUGAAGGGUAACAUUUUAAGGAUACUAUAUUCACUUAGGCACUCACUUGGUGAAAGCUACUGGUU